CAAAACUACACUCGAUCCUCGCUCAAACUCCUGCCCCUAGCAUCAACAACUGUCAACCAUUCCCUGCAGCUUGAUAUCAGACUGUAGAACACAUUGUUUACCUUAACACGCCCGAAUAGGUCUCUCUAUCACACACUGCAGCGCUUCUAUCUACUAUCACACGACCGUGAACCUGAAAGCACAAGUAGUCGUAGUCGCCGGCCCACCAACUCCACAAAUCGCUAUCUCGCCGCCGCCCUAUCCCUGCGCCGCAAGCGCGUCGUUCAGGACCCCACGAUGCCCCGCGACAGUACCUACUAGUAGGUAACUGUGUAGCUCAGGUCGACUAGCCAGUGACCUGAAUUUGCCUCAACUUUUUCUGCUCGACUUUCGCCUAUCCAUCGUCCCUCCCCUGUGUUGGAUCAUCGUGCGCAAUGACUUCUAGAAACGCGAUAAACUGGGAACAGUACGAGCGCGGAAGCUCCUCGCCAGCGGGCAGCGUCUCGUCCUUGGGCAACCGGAGCGGCCAGUUCGAGUCUCCGCUAGGCCGCAGUGCCGACUCGAACCAGGACAAUGGCGAGUGGCCGCCGCUUAGGCGGAGGAGAUCCUCCAUGACCAACCGCCUGACGGCCCUGACCGACAUCGGCGGCGUCAACAGCAUCCGCUCCUUCACGCGCAGCUGGCAGCGCGCCGCCGGCUUCCCCGAGGUCAUCCCCCAACGGCCCUCUUUCGUCUUUGCUCCGGACCAGGCGCCCGUAGCAGCCACAGCAGAAGAAGCAGGAUCCCGCGAUGCCUCCCCCUACGCGCCGCGCGAUCUCGAGACCGGGUCGCCCUCGCUCAUCCGGCAGCAGCUCCAGGCCGCCCUACAGGCUUCCGGCCAACGCUCGUCGCCCCGCGCAGAGAGCCCGGCGCCAAGCGCAAGCCACAGCUCGCUGUACCGCCAGUCGAGCCGCGACUCGGGGGCGCAGAAACAACCGCUGUUGGAGGGCGAGAUGUCGCAGGCGUUCCGCGUGGGGAGCCACACGAGCGCCGGCUCGACCGGCUCGAUCUUCGCCAUACCGCCGCACCUGGCUGCGCCGUCGGUUGUCGGGAGCUAUGGGUCCGGUGCCGAUUACGGCACGAUUCGGUCGGACGUGGGCCGCGAGUCGAUGGCGGAGGCGGCUGCGCUGUGGAGGGAGCAGCAGGAGACGGGCGGCAACGUGCCCGACAGGGAGCUGCCGCCCAUCCUGGUCAAGGAGGUGGAGCAGGACGGCAAGAUUGUGCUGACGGUGGAGGGCCAGUCGACGCUGCCGCAGACGGUGUUCAACUCGACCAACGUUCUGAUCGGGAUCGGACUCCUGAGUCUUCCCAUGGGAAUCAAGUACGCGGGCUGGCUCUGCGGCAUGAUCGCCCUCUUCCUCUGCGCCGCCGUGACAGGCUGGACGGCCAAGAUUCUAGCCAAGUGCAUGGAUCUCGACCCGAGCCUCAUCACCUUCUCCGACCUUGCCUUCAUCUCGUUUGGCCGGAACGCGCGGAUAGCGACCAGUGUCCUGUUCACGCUGGAGCUCCUCGCAGCUUGCGUGGCGCUCAUUGUGCUCUUUGCCGACUCGCUCGACCUGCUCUUCCCGGGCUUUCUGUCGGUGACCGGCUGGAAGAUCUUUUGCGCCAUCAUCCUGGUGCCUCUGAACUUCCUCCCGCUGAGGCUGCUGAGCUUCACCAGCGUCAUUGGCAUCUUUUCAUGCUUCACUAUUGUGCUUAUAUUGAUUCUCGACGGCUUCAUCAAACCAACCUCGCCGGGCUCCUUGAUUGAGCCUGCCAAAACCUACCUGUUCCCCGCGAACUGGUUGACGCUGCCGUUGUCAUUCGGUCUGUUGAUGUCUCCAUGGGGCGGCCACAGCGUCUUUCCAAAUAUCUACCGCGACAUGCGCCACCCCUACAAGUACACGCAGGCGCUGAAGAUCUCCUUCUCCUUCACCUACGUCCUCGACGCCGUCACAGCCGUCACAGGCCUGCUGAUGUUCGGCGACUCGGUCCGCGACGAGAUCACGUCCAACAUCCUGCUCGAGACGAGCUACCCGCGCGCGCUGACGGCGCUCAUGUGCCUGUGCAUCGGCAUCAUCCCGCUGACCAAGAUCCCGCUCAACGCCCGGCCCAUCGUGUCGACGGUCGAGGUCCUGCUGGGACUGCACCAGCAGACCGUGGCCGAGACCCACCACGGCCUGAUGGGCAUGGGCCCCGGGCUGAGGGGCGCCCUGAAGGUCGCCACGCGCGUCGGCGUGGUCCUCGUGUUCUUGGUCAUGGCCGUGGUGUUCCCCGAGUUCGAUAGCAUCAUGGCCUUCAUGGGGAGCGCGCUGUGCUUUACCAUCUGCGUGACGCUCCCCCUCGCCUUCUACCUCAAGCUGUUUGGCCACGAACUCUCCCUGCGGGAGAAGGUCUUGGCCUCGACCGUCAUGAUACUGUCGUUCAUCCUGUCGGUCGUCGGCACAGUCUGGGCAUUUCUGCCCAAGAGCUUGAUUGGCGCUGAGCCGUCGGCGCCGUCGUUACGGUAGGACAGAUCGCGGAUAAUGAAAGCCUUUCGCCUUUUGCCUGAGACCCCCUUGGCGACUACGAUCCCGCCAAUACCGAGCCCGACAAAUGGCUAUAGUUCACUGCUCCUCUCCAGGAUCAAGACACCUAGACCAAUGCGCCGGCGACGUUGCUUGCUAUGGAUGGACAAGUGCCCGCAGAGGCCAGUUCGAUGUGCGUAGGUUUGGGCAUGGCGGGUGCGGGUGGCAUACCCAGACGACAACACACGCAGGACAGUGAUGGGGGGGUCUCUUCAUUGGUAGGGGGGCAAGUUGGAUGUCGCCUGUGACAAGUCACCCCCUCUGCUGGUGAAGUGAUAUCGGAUGUGAUGUGUUGGCGAGCCGGGGCUG